AUGGAUACGUGUCCUGUCGAGAUACACUCCGUCAUCUUUUCCCUUGCCUGUACAGAUGAUGGUACAACCGGACGUUCGCUGUCUCUGGUUUCCCGCCACGUUCGUCGGGUGUCUGAACCCUUCAGGUGGCAGUCACUCUCCCUGUUGGGAUUACAGCAGGCCCGGCAUUUCGUUAAACUUCUCAAACAGACUCCAGGAUAUCAUCCUGUCUACCAUCUCUUUCUGUCCACGCAGUCCCCACUGCUCAUGUCAAAUGAUCAAUAUAACAUGCCUCGGGAGAAUCCUGACAAAGAGUGGUAUGACUUGCUGGACAUUAUCUUGCGAUACACAGCACCAACGCUGCAAACACUGUCUCUUUACGUGACAUCGAAAUCGCAUUUUCUCGGCGCAGCAUGCAUACCCCUACUCCUGACGAUUGCAUUCCCCUACUUGGUCGAGCUCACGAUUUGGAUCCUUGGCACACCCCAAAUCAUAUCAUGGUGGAUCAAUACAUCCCCUCAGUCCUCAAAGAAAGCAGCUAUCUUACCCCCUACCGCUCGUCCAAAGUUGCGCCGUCUACACCUCGCCUGCUUCUUCUACUUCCGUGACGCAGUUCAGAGCCGCGAUCUCCAUCACAUUAUCCAGUCCCUAUCAUCUUGCAUCACGCACCUGCGAUUGACCAUGUUGGACUUCAUGUGUCUGCAGACUGCACGCAUAGCGUUCGCCGAAUGUCUCGAUAUUGGUUUUGUCGAUCCUGGAGUCAAUCUUCUUGAUCCAGGAGGAACACCUAUCUCUUUCCGGGAGAACACAAACGUAGCAGUGACGUGGCCGCGUAUUCUCCCCGAUUCUAUCCAAGUAUUCGUCAUCCAGAUGCCACCACCAUCGACGGCACGGCUUCCGAGAGGGUUGGAGGAGCAGGAGAUCCAACAGUACUUCAAGGCAUUAGCCAGAGCGGCACCAGCACACGUUGUGUGUAUCUCAACGCAACGAGACUAUCUUUGGGAGGAUGCGAAGGCCGAUUGGUUGGAUCGGAUCGAAGAAGGACCUGGGUGUUGGAAAGAGCGAGAUAAGAGUUGGAUAAGUCUGAGAGAAGAUGGACAUUCUUUUACACAGGCCCGAACUGAAGAAGAUACUGACGAAGUCGUGAUCACUCGGUGUUGA